CCGACGGCGCUGAGUCAGGGCGGUGGCGGCGGCGGCGGGAUGCGGGCCCGGGCGGCGGCCGCGCUGCUCUGCGCGUUGUGCUGCGCCCUGGCGCGGGGCUCGGAGGACAUCGUCGUGGGCUGCGGCGGCUUCGUGAAGUCCGACGUGGAGAUCAACUACUCCCUGAUCGAGAUUAAGUUAUAUACAAAACAUGGUACUCUGAAAUACCAGACAGACUGUGCUCCAAACAAUGGGUAUUUCAUGAUUCCCCUCUAUGAUAAGGGGGAUUUCAUUCUUAAAAUUGAGCCUCCCCUAGGGUGGAGUUUCGAACCAACCAGUGUAGACAUCCAUGUGGAUGGCAUUAAUGACAUUUGCACGAAGGGAGGUGAUAUUAACUUUGUGUUCACAGGAUUUUCUGUGAACGGAAAGGUUCUCAGCAAAGGUCAGACAUUAGGUCCUGCUGGAGUACAGGUUGUACUGAGAAAUGCUGGCAGUGACAUAAACAUACAAGCAACUAUUACACAACCUGGAGGAAAGUUUGCUUUCUUUAAAGUGCUUCCUGGUGAAUAUGAAAUCUUUGCAUCUCAUCCUACCUGGAUGUUGAAAGAGUCAAACACAGUGGUACGGGUGACAAGUUCUAAUGCUUAUGCUGCUAGCCCUCUGAUUGUUGCAGGCUACAAUGUUUCUGGGUCAGUAAGGAGUGAUGGAGAACCAAUGAAAGGGGUCAUGUUUCUCCUUUUCUCUUCUUCUGUCACUAAAGAGGAUGUUGUGGGCUGCAAUAUUUCUCCUGUGGAUGGAUUCCAGUCAAGAGAUGAGUCUCUAUCUUAUUUGUGCAAUGUUGUAUCAAAGGAAGAUGGAUCUUUCAGCUUUCUUUCUCUGCCAAGUGGGAAAUAUACUGUGAUACCGUUCUACAGGGGAGAGAGAAUUACCUUUGAUGUUGCACCAUCUAGAUUGGAGUUCCUCGUAGAGCAUGACAGUUUACAGAUUGAGCCUGUUUUCCAUGUGAUGGGUUUCUCUGUCACAGGCAGGGUGUUGAAUGGGCCUGAAGGAGAAGGAGUUGCUGAUGCCACUGUGACUCUGAACAAUCAGAUUAAAGUAAAAACAAAAGCUGACGGCUCUUUCCGCCUUGAGAACAUAACAACAGGUACAUACACAAUUCAUGCCAGGAAAGAGCAUCUGUUCUUCGAUACUAUUACUGUGAAGAUUGCACCAAAUACACCUCAGCUGGCAAAUAUCAUUGCAACAGGAUUCAGUGUGUGUGGCUGGAUCUCAGUAGCUCGUUUCCCUGACACAGUCAAACAGCUUAGUAAAUACAAGGUAACCAUGAUGCCUCAAGACAAGGACAAAGCAUCACUGAUUACAACAGAAACUGACCCGCAUGGAGCAUUUUGUUUUAAGGCAAAAUCGGGUACAUACAAUGUUCAGGUAAUUAUUCCAGAAGCUGAGACUAGAGCAGGAUUGGCUUUGAAACCCAAGAUGUUCCCUGUUACUGUUACAGACAGACCUGUAAUGGAUGUGACCUUCUCUCAGUUUUUGGCAUCUGUCUCAGGGAAGAUCUCUUGUUUAGAUGCUUGUGGUGAUCUGGUGGUGACAUUACAGUCUGUGAGCCGCCAGGGUGAAAAACGCAACCUGCAGCUCUCUGGAAGCAUGGACUCAGUGGCAUUCACAUUUGAAAAUGUACUACCUGGCAAAUACAAAGUAAGCAUUGUACAUGAAGACUGGUGCUGGAAGAAUAAGUCUUUGGAGUUGGAAGUCAUGGAGGAAGAUGUUUCAGGAGUAGAAUUCAGGCAGACUGGAUAUAUGCUGAGGUGUUCUCUUUCUCAUGCAAUUACACUGGAAUUUUAUCAGGAUGGAAAUGGACCAGAGAAUGUUGGUGUUUAUAACCUGUCCAAAGGAGUUAAUAGAUUCUGUCUUUCAAAGCCAGGUGUAUAUGAAGUGACCCCACGUUCCUGCCACCAGUUUGAACAUGACUAUUACACUUAUGACACGUCCUCUCCUAGCAUACUGACGCUCACUGCAGUUCGACACCAUGUCCUUGGCACAAUUGUAACCGAUAAACUGAUGGAUGUGACUAUUACCAUUAAGUCAUCCAUUGACAGUGAACCUGCCUUAGUUUUAGGGCCCCUGAAAUCUCUACAGGAGUUACGUAGGGAGCAGCAGCUUGCAGAAAUUGAGACCCGCCGACAGGAGAGAGAAAAGAAGGGGCAAGAGGAGGAAGGAACAAAACCACCAGUGCAAGAAAUGGUAGAGGAACUCCAUGGACCUUUCUUGUAUGAAUUUUCCUACUGGGCAAGGUCUGGAGAGAAAAUUACUGUGACACCGUCAUCAAAAGAGCUGCUUUUCUACCCAGCAUAUGUGGAAACAGUUGUUAGUGGAGAGAGUUGUCCUGGAAAGCUGAUAGAGAUUCAUGGAAAAGCAGGCUUAUUUCUGGAAGGGCGAAUUCAUCCUGAACUGGAAGGUGUUGAGAUUGUCAUUGGUGAAAAGGGAGCAACUUCUCCACUUAUAACGGUUUUCACCGAUGGCAAAGGUGCUUACAGUGUUGGGCCUCUCCACAGUGACUUGGAAUAUACAGUUACUGCUCAGAAGGAAGGGUUUGUUUUAACUGCAGUAGAAGGAACGGUUGGGGACUUCAAAGCUUUUGCUCUUGCUGGAGUGACAUUUGAGAUCAAAUCAGAGGAUGACCAGGCUCUUGCUGGAGUUCUCUUGUCUCUCAGUGGAGGGAUGUUUCGAUCCAACCUCCUUACACAGGAUAAUGGCAUGCUGACUUUUUCCAAUCUGAGCCCAGGGCAGUAUUAUUUUAAACCCAUGAUGAAAGAGUUUCGCUUUGAACCAUCCUCACAAAUGAUUGAAGUGCAGGAAGGACAAAAUCUUAAAAUUCGGAUAACUGGUUACAGAACAGCUUACAGCUGUUACGGCACAGUUUCUUCUUUAAAUGGAGAGCCUGAGCAGGGAGUCUCAGUAGAAGCUGUGGGGCAGAAGGACUGUAGCAUCUAUGGAGAAGACACAAUAACUGAUGAAGAGGGCAAAUUCAGGCUACGUGGCCUUCUGCCUGGUUGUGUGUAUCAUGUCCAACUCAAAGCUGAAGGCAAUGAUCACAUCGAAAGAGCUUUGCCACAGCAUCGGGCAAUUGAGGUUGGGAACAGUGACAUCGAUGAUGUUAAUAUUAUAGCAUUCCGACAAAUUAAUCAAUUUGAUUUAAGUGGAAAUGUAAUUACAUCUUCCGAAUAUCUCUCCACAUUAUGUGUGAAGCUCUACAAAAGUGAAAAUCUUGACAACCCAAUUCAUACAGUCAACUUAGGCCUAUCCCUAUUUUUCCAUUUCCCACCACUGCUCCGAGAUGGAGAGAAUUAUGUGGUGCUCCUGGAUUCUACACUGUCUAAAUCACAGUAUGACUACACCCUGCCUCAAGUUUCAUUCACUGCUAUUGGGUAUCAUAAGCACAUUACACUGAUCUUCAGUCCCACUAGGAAGCUGCCUGAACAAGAUAUUGCCCAAGGAUCUUACAUUGCGUUACCACUGACACUGCUUCUGUUGUUGGCUGGUUACAACCACGAUAAGCUUAUUCCCUUAUUGCUGCAGCUGACAACUCGACUGCAAGGAGUGCGGGCUCUUGGACAGACGGGUUCUGACACAGGUGGCUCAGAGGAUGCAAAGAGACAAACGAAAAAACAGAAGACAAGACGGACGUGAGAUGAAAGGAUGAUUGCUUGAAGUGGUGCUCCGUCAAACUGGAGCCUGAGGAAGCGAAGCCACUAAAACAUGUUUUUGUUGAAUUUGCGGACUUUACAUUUUCGUUGUUGCUACAUGAGCACUGUUUGUCACAUGAGCUCCAUUUUGGUUGUAAAUUUUAUAUGAAGUCUAUAGAUUUCCUUGUUGUAAAGUAAUGAAAUUAAUGCUUCUGUCGUGACUGUGAGUGCGUCUCACAUACUUGAAGAUGAUUAAUGUUUUGGUUUUUUUUUUUUUCUUUUCAGUGGAACAGAUCAUUCUGUCUUCAUUAAUGAUUUGUAAAAGCAGUGGUAGUAGACUGCUUGACUUCACUUUCAGUCUCUAUGUUUUGGGAUCAUUUUUCCUUACCUUUUGAAAUACCCACUUUACAGAAGCAGCACACAGGGAUUUUACUAUAGCAGUGGUGCUUGAAACAAAGUUUUGGGGACAUACAUGAACGAGUAAGUCACAUCUUUGGCACUUACAGUUCAGCAGCUUGAUUGAGCCAGUCUGUCAUCUGCACAGCUGUGAUUUCAGUUCUUAUCCAAUGAUUAUGUUAUCUUUGAUUAAAAUCAAGUUUUUGCCCUAUGAAGACAAAUGGUUAAUGUCAGGCAAGUUCUGAACACUGCAAAAGUAGUGUUUAAAUUUCAGUUUCAUAUGCAGUGUGAUCUCUUUAGACCUCCAGUAUUCCUGAAGUGGCUCCAGCUGGUUGUACUAUUCUUUCCAAAACUGUACUGUGUUCUCGGUGACACCUAUUCACUCGUGUGGCUGUCAUGUCUCCUGCUCAGGUCAUGUGCAACCUUUUUGCCAAUUGAUGAUUGAUUUCCACCCCCACACACACACUUUUACCUUUUUUUUUUUUUUUUUACUUUAAGAAACGUCAGCUUUUUGAAAAUGUACAGUCCAACCUGUACAGUCCCAGUAAUGUAGUCUGUAAUAAAUAACUGUUUCUUACAGGCUAUCUUUUGACUCUUGUUUGAAGUAGACAGUUGGACAUACACAGUUUAAAUGUUAAUGGGGCUUUUUAUUGACAAAUAUCAUAAAGGUUAAUAGAGCUUUUGAAAGAUACACAUAAAUGCCUACAAAUAUUGCAAAGAUAUUGGUACUGCCAGUAAGUGGCAAUGUUUCUCUUUUACAGUACUUGAAGUAAAGUCCCUUUACAUUUAAAUAUUUAAGCUUACAAAGCCGACCAUUCUUAGAAACAUGGAUGGUAAAGGUUUGAUGCUCUUUUUGUUGGUAUUUUGCAUUAGUUUGGGCUUAAAUAAUGAAAACUUAAUUUGGUGAUCAUUCUAAUCUCAGAGGGAAAUUCUAUCAAGAUCGUAAUAAAAAUUAAGAAUGUUGGAAAAGCAUGUAUAUAUAGAGUUUGAGAUGAAGCUCUAAGAAACUAUCAUGCUCUCUACUUAAUGACCUUGAAUUUUAUAUUGCUGUGAUGAAAUAUAUGGAGAAAAAACAACAUGUUGUAAGACUUGUAAUAAAUUGUACAUUUUCAAUACAUCUUUAUUUUAAACUGGUGAAUGUUAAGAAAGGUAUUGCUACUUUGGAGGAAUGUAUAAAGAAGAAAUGCACGUGUCCAUGUGCCUUGAGUGAGUACCAGAUAUUCUGACCUGUGGGACUUGCUGAUGAUUGACCUUAAACAUUGGAAAUGCUGUUAAUAAAAAUUAAAAAAAAAAAAAAAA